UUUUCCCGCAACAGGUUCUGUCUUCUUUGGUCCAGCCACAGCGAUUGUCGCAAAGUACUGGAUGACACGUUUGGUGUUGACGGUCUUUCCUGCGCCGGAUUCUCCGCUGUAGUGUGAAAACGUAAAUUGCCCAAAAAUAAAUGGACUGAGCUGGAUUUGGUUCAGCACAGAGCUCAUGCCAUGCGUCUAAUGGACAGUCUGGACAUCAUUGGUAGAGAGCGACACUUAAAAGUCGCCAGAGCUCUUCUGUAUAUGGCACAAGGGACGUUUGGUGAGUGUAGCUCAGAGAUGGAGGUCCAGCACUGGAUGAAAUGUAACAUCUUUCUACUGUUGGAUCUUGGAGCUUUCACCGCUCUGGUGGAGCUGCUCAAUAUGGAAAUCAAUAACAGUGCCGCAUGUAGCAGCGCCGUCAGGAAACCUGCAAUCUCUCUGGCCGACAGCACUGACCUCAGGUUCUCCUCUUUAUAACAAUGAGCCCAUCUCAGUCAUGCUCUUUGAUAUGGUGACCAAAUUCUGAAGCGGUCACGCCCCUCAUUUGCCAAUGCAGAAAGUUCUGCUGCUAAAGACCAUCCUGACCGGAACCAAGGUGUCACAUCGAGGGAGCACAACGGUGCAAGAGAGAGAGCAGAGUGAGCUCCUCAGAGAGUUCACACCCCAUCUGAGAUGGAAUAAGCCAACAAAAACUCACACUUCCACAUCUGUUCCCUUCUCCCCUCUCAUCAUUCUCUUAGCUCUGUGUUUAAACUCUGUUCACAUAAACUGUGUAUAUGAAAUGUCACAUAGACAAACAAAAUAAAUAGUCAUGUUUGAUAUCAUUUGAAAUGUCUCAGUGCGAUUGAUACAAUGGUCUCACUCCCAUAAUAACAGAAUACAAUGAUAAAGUUUAACAAUAAAUUAGGCAAACUUUACUCAAUGUUGGGACACACCUCACCUCUCACCUUAGGCCUGUAAACCAAUCCCCCACUGUAUGCAAAUAAGGUGUAGCCCUAGGUCAACCACAUUUUUUACCAUAAAACAACAUUAUUACAGUGCUUUGUUCUAUCUGGAUAUUUAAGGAAAGUUUGCAAAAGGUUUGGGGGGUGUUCUAUAUUAAGAAUUGAACCCCAUUGUGCUGUGUUUCAUUGGGCUCACAUCACUAUGUAUUUCUAUAUUCACUUGUGGAUUUUGUAACCUAAAGAACCCACAGCAUUGUGUUGUCCCAAUCUCCUUUCAUUGUAUCCUUUUAAAUGAUUUUGAAUACUUAUAAAUCAGAUACUAAUCAAUAUUUAUCCUUCCAGAAAUGAAAGUGAUUUGAGUAAAUUCUUCAUGCUUAUGAUAUAAUAUACUUUUAGAUCAUGUAUAAUCUUUCGCAAAAAACUUUGUAUGUCCUAUAUUUCACAAUAGGCUUGUUUUUCUGUGUUAAAGUCACAAGUAAAACAAUUACUUCUUGUCAUAGUC